GGGGUGGGAUCUGAACAUGGCGGCGGUGGUAGCUGCUACGGCGCUGAAGGGCCGGGGGGCGAGAAAUGCCCGCGUCCUCCGGGGAAUUCUCUCAGGAGCCACAGCUAACAAGGCCUCCCAGAACAGGACCCGGGCACUGCAAAGCCACAGCUCCCCAGAGUGCAAGGAGGAGCCGGAGUCCCUUUCCCCUGAGCUGGAAUACAUUCCCAGAAAGAGGGGCAAGAACCCCAUGAAAGCUGUGGGACUCGCCUGGUACAGUCUGUACACCCGCACCUGGCUGGGGUACCUCUUCUAUCGCCAGCAGCUGCGCAGGGCUCGGAAUCGCUACCCCAAAGGCCACUCCAGAACCCAGGCCCGCCUCUUCAACGGAGUGAAGGUGCUUCCCAUCCCUGUCCUCUCAGACAACUACAGCUACCUCAUCAUCGACACCCAGGCCCGGCUGGCUGUGGCUGUGGACCCCUCAGACCCUCAGGCCGUACAGGCUUCCAUUGAAAAGGAGGGCGUUAAUUUGGUUGCCAUCCUCUGCACCCACAAGCACUGGGACCACAGUGGAGGGAACCGUGACCUCAGCCGGCGGCACCAGGACUGUCGGGUGUACGGGAGCCCUCAGGAUGGCAUCCCCUACCUCACCCACCCCCUGUGUCAUCAAGAUGUGGUUAGCGUGGGACGACUUCAGAUCCGGGCUCUGGCCACCCCAGGCCACACGCAAGGCCAUCUGGUCUACCUGCUGGACGGGGAGCCCUACAAGGGUCCCUCCUGUCUCUUCUCAGGGGACCUCCUCUUCCUCUCUGGCUGUGGACGGACCUUUGAGGGCACCGCAGAGACCAUGCUGAGCUCCCUGGACACGGUGCUGGGGCUAGGGGAUGACACUCUGCUGUGGCCUGGUCAUGAGUACGCAGAAGAGAACCUGGGCUUCGCAGGUGUGGUGGAGCCUGAGAACCUGGCCCGGGAGAGGAAGAUGCAGUGGGUCCAGAGGCAGCGAAUGGAGCGCAAGAGCACGUGCCCAUCCACGCUGGGAGAGGAGCGCUCCUACAAUCCGUUCCUGAGGACCCACUGCCUGGUGCUGCAGGAGGCUCUGGGGCCAGGCCCAGGCCCCACUGGGGACGAUGACUACUCCCGGGCCCAGCUCCUGGAGAAGCUCCGCCAGCUGAAGGACCUGCACAAGAGCAAGUGACAGCCCCCCCGCCCACGCCAGCCCAUCCCCCAUGGCGGGGAGUCCACCCACCGCCCGCACCAUGCCAUCCCCCUCAUUGCUGCCACCACCACCUCCAUCGGCGCCCACGGGGGGCCUCAGGGUCCAGCACUGUCGCGGGAGGAGGGACAAGGGGACGAGGCCAUGAGACCGAAAGGACAGAGGCUGGUUGAAGGCUUGGAGACCCCACGGGGGGAGGCGGAGAUAUCCAGGGCAAGAGGAAAGGGGGAGCCUUGGGACCUCUCCAGACCCUGCUGGGAGGGGGCUUCCUCCCUGGCCCCACUCCUGCCCCUGUCAAGGACAUGGAGAGUGCUGGUCGCCCCUCCCUCAGGAGGACCUCACUCUCACCUAGGGCAGCAGGAGCCAGGAGCAGGUUGAGUCCUCUUCCCUUUUCUCCCUUCCCGGCUUGGGAAAGACACUCAGGCCCCCAAAGUGGCCUGAGGUGUGGUGCCUUGGAAAAGCGGUCACUCAGAGGGGCAGCUGGGCUCCGGCGCCCUGAGACACUGGCCCUCCUCCCCAAGCCUCCCCUCUGCCCACCCCCUUGUCCCCCACCCAUGAAGGCAUUUUACAAACAGAGCCAUUUCUGGGAAAGCUGAAAGGGCUGGACGUCUGCAUGUCUGGACAAUCUCGGCCUCAGUGAUCCCCCUGCAGCCUGGAAGGGGGAGGGUCCUGGUUGCCCCCGACACUGUGCCCUCAGGCUGAGGAGACAGGGGAUGCUGGACUGCAGCCUGGCCAGUCAGGCUCCCUGUGCAGCUGGCCUCUGCCCUUGCCUGGGGCCCAAAGGACUCUGCUUCCCAGGGGCGAGAGCCAUCCUGCACCCCGCCGCGGCAGUUUUCUCCUCAUGGCCCUUGUUCUUAGAAACUUCUGCCUUGUUCUCACUCCUGCUUUACCCUCCUCAGUCCCUCUCCUCUUUUAGUUAUAAAACCCUUCCUCUGGCCCUCUGAAGUUUGCCAAGAACCUCCUCACGUCAUCUUUCAUUCGAUCCUUGAUCUCAUCCUGGCCGGGGAAGGGGGUCCACGCAGUAGAGCGCAGAAAUCAAGCCUGGGAGCAGAGAGCUAUCCGCUCUCCACCGAGUGGCAGCCUCCAGGACCCCAGGCCUGAGCCCUGCCCUCUGGCUCAGCCUCUCCUCUGGUCCGGGUCCCUUUGGGGCCUCAGAGAGGAUUCCUGAGGUCCUCGAGGAGGAGGCAUACGGGAGCCUUUGCUUCCUGUGUUCAAGCUUUCCCUCAGGCUAUGCUCGCCUCUAGUGAGCUUCUGAGAUGCCCCCUCCCCUCGGUUUCCCCUCAUCAUCCCGCCUCUGCCUCUCUCUCCAGCCGUAGUGUCUGGUACCAACUCUAGCAAUACCACCAGAAUACAGUCCCCACCCCCUCAACAGACAAGCAGUUUCAUGCCGCUGUGCCUUUGCUCAUGCUGUUCCUUCAGACUGGAAUGCCUUUCCCCUGCUCCUCCAGCCUUAUCUGCCUGGCAAACACCCAUUCAUCUCUCACAAUGCCCCUCAAAGGCCCCCUCCUCCAGGAAGACAACCCCCAUGCUCCUCACCCUCCAGGCUACCUCUGCUCUUUGUAAAUGCUUCUCUCAGUGGCACUUCUCACAUUGUAUUUUACUUGUUUACAUGUUUGUCUCCCCUUCUAGACUGUGAACCCUUCAGGGCAUGGACUGUAUCUUAUGCAUCUCUGUAAUUUGCGCCUAGCACGGUGCCUGGCACACAGGAGGCGCUCAAUAAAUCUUGAAUGAAUGAAUAAUUUAA